AACUCCACCGCCGAGCUUUUGCUCUAUUUUACAACAGCUUUAUUCUUCUGAUUCAGCAAUUGUUUGUCGCAGCGAGUUGGCGCAAUAGAUUAACAGUUUGGAGUCUAUACAUCCUUUGCCUGAUUGAUUAUUCUACAGCCAUAUCUUCUGAGUAUUUGAGUUUAACCGCGAGUACUGGACAAAAUGGGCGAUAAGAAGCGCAAGCUCGUGGAGGACGUGGUCGAACCUGAAGGCAAGAAAGCGAAGCGGGACGAAAAUGGCAAGCGCGAAAAGUCCAAGAAAGAGGAGAAACGCAAGCGUGCUGAAGAUGUUGCGACUGUAACCGAGCCUGUCGAUACAAAGGCCGAAAAAGCGGACAAGAAGGACAAGAAGGACAAAAAGGAAAAGAAGGACAAGGAAGAAAAGAAGGAGAAGAAGGAAAAGAAGGAGAAGAAGGAAAAGAAGGAGAAGAAGGAGAAGAAGGAGAAGAAGAGCAAGAAGGAGAAGGCAGAAAAAGAAAGCGAAGAGACCCCAGCCGAAGAUGCAAUGGAGGUGGAUUCUACCCCUGCAGAAAAGAAUGGGCAGAAAGAGGAGCCUGUGAAGCCUGAAACUGAACAAGAGAAGAAGAAGAGCAAGAUGGAGAAGAAGGAGAAGAAGGAGAAGAAGGAGAAGAAGAACAAGGACAAUGAGGCGACGGAGAAGGGCAAGGCAGAGCCGGACAGUGCAGAGUCACAGGAACAGAAUCAAUCAGAGGAUAGCCAGGGCUCGCAGCAGAAGUCCACCCGGUUCAUUGCGUUUGUCGGAAACCUUCCCUAUAGCGCAACUGUCGAAUCGGUGACAAAGCAUUUUGAAAAGAACCCCCCAGUCUCUGUGCGUGUCGCCACGGAAAAGGACAACCCGAAGAAAUGUCGCGGGUUCGGCUUCGUCGAGUUUGACAACUUUGACCGCAUGAAGACCUGUUUGAAGUUGUACCACCACUCCACAUUUGACGACGGCAAGUCGCCAGCACGGAGAAUCAAUGUCGAGUUGACCGCCGGUGGAGGUGGAAAGUCCGAAAACCGCAAAGCGAAAAUCGAGUACAAGAAUAAGAAACUCGACGACGAGCGCAACCGCAACGCUAAACGGAUCCAACAGGAGAAGGCGAAGAAGUUCGACACGGACGGAAACGGGGAAGAAGCGCAGGACGAGUUCGCCGGUAUCCAUCCCAGUCGUAGAAACAGACUCUUAUGAAACGUGACGUCGCAGACAUCAUGACGCCGUCCUUUUGCAUCAUUACGUGGUAUAAAAGAAUUUUCUCCUUUUUGUCUCCAUUUUGACGACAAGAGUUCGAUAUCCCUUGACGUUGAUAUAGCUAGUUAUACAUUCAACCAUAUAUUGGCAUAUCUAUGAAUAUAGCGGUGUAUAGAAUCAUACAUGGAUGAAGAUGC